GGCGCGGCGCGGCGCGGCGUGGCCCGCCCCUUCCCCCGCGGGGAGCGCGGCGUCCGGAGGCGGCUGCGGCCCGGCGCUGGGCGCGGAGCGGAAGGUUUAAAGUGUUUUUAAAACGCUGUGACUCCCCGGCUGCAGGCCUUCUCUUGCUGAUGUUUUCACUGCAGUUGGAAGCAGUACAGGCAUCAGCUGCUUAGCUGCUGUUCCUCUUGCUGAGACUGAAGAGCCUACGGAUUUUGACUGGUUCAAAAUGAACGAACAUCCUAAAAAGAGGAAAAGGAAGACUCUGCAUCCUUCUCGAUAUUCAGAUUCUUCAGGUGUAAGCAAAUACAUAGACAAUAGUGGAAUUUUUUCUGACCACUGUUACAGCGUCUGCUCUAUGAAACAGCCAGAUAUCAAGUUUUCUGAUAACAGAGGUAGAUUCCACAGUCCUGUGCAAAGUCUAGAUACUGAUGAUGAUGGGAGUCCAGUGCAUGCUGGGACUUCGCAGUGGAGUGGAUCACAUUCAAAUGUUGUGGGGAUGCACUAUACAGACCCCAAAAAGAAAGACAAAGAAAAAGCUGCUAAUAAUGGAAUGUGCAAGGAUAUAUGCGAUUCACCUAUAUUCAGUGACAGCCCUACAGAAGAAGAGAAACCCCUUGAUAUUCAGACUGUAGAAAUUUCUACAACAGAGGUUAAUGCUGUAGAAGUUCAUGAUAUAGAAACGCAGACUGUUUCACCUGAGAAGCUAGAAGCUGAAGACCUAGAGGAAAUCCCUGUUGAAACCUGUAAAAUCUUUGAGAAGAACCAGGCUUUGAAUAUCACAGCUCAACAGAAAUGGCCUUUGCUGAGAGCCAACAGCAGUGGCUUAUAUAAGUGUGAGCUCUGUGAGUUUAAUAGCAAGUACUUUUCUGAUUUAAAGCAGCACAUGAUCCUGAAGCAUAAAACAUGUACAGACACUCACAUCUGUAAAGUUUGUAAAGAGAGUUUCUCCAGCAAAGUGCAGCUUAUUGAACAUGUAAAACUACAUGAGGAGGAUCCGUACAUCUGUAAAUAUUGUGAUUACAAAACGGUAAUAUUUGAGAAUCUAAGUCAGCACAUAGCAGACACUCACUUCAAUGACCACCUUUAUUGGUGUGAGCAGUGUGAUAUGCAGUUCUCUUCAAGCAGCGAGUUGUAUCUGCACUUCCAGGAACACAGCUGUGACGAGCAGUAUUUAUGUCAGUUCUGUGAGCAUGAGACAAAUGAUCCAGAAGAUUUGCAUAGCCAUGUGGUGAAUGAACACGCAUGUCGACUGAUAGAGUUAAGUGACAGCUAUAAUAAUAAAGAGCGUGGACAGUAUAGUCUCAUAAACAAAAUCAGCUUUGACAAAUGUAAAAACUUCUUUGUAUGCCAAGUGUGUGGCUUUAGGAGCAGGCUGCACACAAAUGUCAACAGGCAUGUAGCUAUUGAACACACCAAAAUAUUCCCUCAUGUUUGUGAUGACUGUGGGAAGGGCUUUUCAGGUAUGUUGGAAUAUUGCAAGCAUUUAAGCUCUCACUUAUCUGAAGGGAUUUAUUUGUGUCAAUACUGUGAAUAUUCAACAGGACAGAUUGAAGACCUUAAAACUCAUUUGGAUUUUAGGCAUUCAGCAGAUUUACCUCAUAAAUGUACUGAUUGUUUAAUGAGGUUUGGAAAUGAAAAAGAUCUUUUAAGUCACCUUCAGAUACAUGACACAGCUUAAUUAACAUUCUUUCCCUGUAAUCGAUUUGUUAGAAUUGGAAUUAUUUCCAGUCGGUCACUAAAAUGUGAAAUUAAAUACAAUUUAACAGCAAUUGUACAAUGGAGAAUACUAAUGUUUUGCUCUUUAUAUCAACAAAGCAUGUAUAACAAUUUGGCGUUGCGAAUUUUCUUAGGGGUUUCCGUAGGAAUAAUCACAUUUACAGUGUGAUGGAUCACAUGCUUGGGGGGGGGGAUGGUGGGAGUAGUUGCAUGUUAUAAUAGCAAUUUUGAAGGUCAUCUGUAUUUUCAUGUUUAAUGUGCAAGAGCAGCACUCUCAAGAGUUUAAAAAGGGACAAAGAGAAAGCCAACAUCUAGUUUCAUGCUUAAAUAACUGUACUUACCAUAGUGUUCUCACUUGCACACUGAACUCGUGAUACCCUCUGCAGCAGCAGGUCAGUGUGCUUAUCUUCAGCAAAUUGCGCUGACCCGCCAAAGAUAAGCAUGUUCUAAAAAUUCUCAGGCAUGCAAGUCUCCAAAUUCAUAUGUCAGCCUGCAUUUCCCACCCCUACUUUUGAUAAGCUUUCACAAUUGACCUGUUUUCUUGGAGUACUUACCCUACCUCAUCAUUCACUUCCUCUCUUUCUCUGUUCAGUGUUUAAUUUCGACUCCUAUCUGUGGGACCACCCAGCAAUACUCUCUAGUUCCUCAUCAACUCUCACAGAUUUACUACAGACUUCCCACAUUGGUUUUGUCUGCUUCAGUUACCUUCAGCUCGUAUCUUUCUUUUGAUGCACUAGUGAGACAUGUUGCCUGUGUGUAGAUUGGGUUGUGUUUUAAGGAGCAAUUGUAAGGGAAUUUGCUGGGUGAUUCAGCUGAGAAUGUACAGAGUGUGAUCUUCAUAUGUAAAAUCUUAAUUUAGCUCUCACUAAAAGGGUGUGUGUCACCAACUUCAUUUAGAGCAAGACUCUAUUAGUUUAUAAUUACAAUAAUUCUGUAACUUUGUAAUUAGCUUUCCACCACUGAUAAUUGGAGGACAGCUAUUUUAAUUCUGUAAAUCUGAAACUUCUCCCAUGUACUGGUUUAAAGCACUGGCACAGUACAUAAAUGCUAUUAACUUUAAUCAUUUUCAAAUGAUUUCGCACAUCACAUUCAGUAGUGCUGUCUUUAUAAUCUUUAAAAGCGAAUUUUUAAGCUUCAUUUGGUAGCUGUAUUUGAGUGACUAAUGCUUGGGCCAAUAAUAAGGAUGAGAUCGUUUAGAUUGUGCUAGCUAUUGGGGUGAAAUUACCCCUAAAUAAGUGGUGGAGUUUACAUUUCUUUCUGUAUUGAUUGUAAAUUUGUAAUGUAAGAUUGUCUAAUGCAAGCUUUAUAUAAAUAUAAUUCGUGUAUAAAACAUUUCUUGAACAAUGAGAUUUGGUGUUAGUAGCAGCAAGGUGUGCAAGAGUCUUUGCAUUGAAUUUUUAAAGCUAGGGAUAAAAAUUGGCUGAAUACAGUCAGCUUAUGGAAGUUCAGUUUCUAGAGAAGUGUUUCUGGAGUCUAAAUGAGCCAGUUAGUAUAUGUUGCUUUGCAGGAGGCAAGGCCAUUUUCAUCAUUUUGAAAUGCUGGUUUACUACUAAAUCUUCUGUGUAGUCAUUGAAAAGAACAACCUGAUCGUAUCAUGACUGUAUCUUACUAAUCCAUUUAUGGACAGUGACAAUGUCUGUAGCAGAAUUGCUAACUUCCUAUUUUGAACAUGUUUAUCCUGGCUGGCUUAAUAUGGUAGCAAUAACAUAGUUAACAUAAAGUAAUAACAAGAAUUCUUUUAGAUAUGGAAAGUUAAUUUUGCUCAUAUUGGUAUAAUUGAGGAGGGAGAAAGCUUGUCCUUCUCUUACAAGCUGCUCCUGGUGACGCGCAGGUGGAAUGGCACUGAUAAACGCUGGAGAGAAAGCCACCUCUUGGGAGACUGACAAUAAGAAAGGGCAGCACUGUGGAAGGCAUUGGAGAAUAGUGGGCUUAAGUGUGUCCCAUCCAGGAAAUGUGGUUUCGUAAGCCCGUGGAGCGCUGUGACACAGAAAACUUGUUUGACUCCUGAAUAACUUCAUGUUUGUAAUUUUUGACUUGUGUCGAUUUCUAAUCUGUAAAAUGGGAAUUAAAAGAAUACAUCAUAGGAAUGUUACGAAGACAGCUAAUUCAGAACAAAAAUACAUACCAGUGUCUGAUUAGGAAAUUUAUUGACGUUUGUCUUAGGUUGAAUUUUAUAAAUAAGGGAAUAAUGUUAGGGGUUUUUUUAAUAUCUAUCAGAAGGUAAAUGGAAGCUAGCAUGAGCAGGUGGUCUCAUUUUACCUUAGCAAGAACAGAAAUAGGAUACUUGCUUCCAAAUGAUUAACAUGCAAGUAUAUUUAGUAGAGAAAAUAGUCAAGUCUGUCGAGUUGGGAGGCCAACUGUUGUGCAUGUACAGACCUAUAUGUUGUUCCCCAUUGAAGGAGUCUACAAGGUAGUUGUGAAUUAAAGAGGAGAGCUUGGUUUAUUUACAUGAAAUGCGUAAGUGAAAGGACAGUGUUCUGAGAUUGCUGCAUUGAGGUGAAUUGAGAAGACUUGAAUGCUGCUGGGCUGAUAGUGCCAGAGACUUACCUUUAUCCCUAUAGCUUGAACAAUUCUUGGUCUUGAAUGAGAGAAAUUACCUGUAGUAGUCAGAAGGGAAUUAUGCCAAUACAUUUUUUUUAUGAAAGAGUAAAUAAGUGGGUCAAGUUUAAUUUUUUAUUACAGUGAAACCUGGAAGGUGCACCUGUUUCAAUAACCACAUUCAGUCUGGAAGCUUUAUAGAAUCACAAGACUGGCUUCAGAAAUAAUUUGUAUUUGGUUCUUUGUCUUCAGGAUUUUGAGCCUUUAGGUUAAAUGUAUGUUGUGUAUUUGAGCUUCCUCAAUCAUGUUCGUUACUGAGCAAGAGAACUUUUUAUAUGAAAGAUUCUGCUGACUUCAAAACAAAAUGAAAAACCAACUAAUUAUUGCAGAACUUAAAAUAUAGUAAAUUAGUAAUUUUAAAAUGAUGUGUUCUCCAUAAUGCUUAUUAAGUGCUGUAGCUUUUCAUUGUUGUUUGUGGUUCCCAUUUUCCUAUGUUCUUUCAUGGUGAUGUAUCAAAUGUAUAAAUUGGCAGUGCUUUUGAACUCUUUCAAGUAUUUUAGCAUUUGUCAUUUUAGUUAAUGGCUGACUUUGAUUAAACUAUGGUGCUGACAGUA